AUGCACUACGGGACCGAAAAGGAUCCCCUUACCGACCCUCAACAAUAUUGGGACCACCUCCACGAGAUAAGAGCUUGCCACAAGAUCUCCAGAGGAUGUUUUUUCCUGGCCUUCCAUAACGACCUUCCUGAGCACAGAUCAAAGACAAAAAUAGCAGCAAUAGGUCUAGGAGAAACUAGGUUGACUUUCUUAACCUUCCACUCCUCUGAACUAACUGCGAACCAGAUCUUAGAACACAAUUUAUAA